AUGCGCAAGAAGCAGCACGGCGCGUCUACAGCCCAGAUAGAAGUGACAGGACCUCAACCAGGAGUCCCAUACAGCACCGAAGUUCACGAUAACCACCACGGACACUCGUCAAGCAGGCAACAUCUCGUGUCUCCAAGAAGAAACGUAGCAGCUCACCAUGUUGCUGCAACAAAUAACGCACUUGGUCCAGCAGACCCAGCUCAUGACGGCACUCCACCUCCGUGGGACCCUCACUGCAACAGCCCUAACGCUGACACGGGGCUGCAACUCAACAUUGACACAGAGACUCUUCGUCAGGACAACGGCGUUGGCUGUUCCCGAACUCGUCGCUCGCCACCUCCACUGUCACAUUCUCCAUCGUCCAUUACAUCAGCGAGACGGAGGCCGCACCCGCCAGGAUCAGCUCACAGCGUGCAGCCAGCUAAAGUUCUGCGCUUCGGCGAGCGAGAGGAGGAAGUGAAGGUGGAGUACGCAGUCCAGAGAUCUCCUCCACAGCGGUACAGCGUUAGUGCGAAAGGCGUCCUCCCCGAUAUUAGCAACGGGAGAAUCACACCCCGCCCAAGCCUGGCGUUCCCAGCUUUUGGAGCGUUUGGUAGCGCGAACAGCAUCAGUGGCGACAAUGAGAAGGAGUCCCUUUUCGACGAAGAUCCGUUAGAACAGCACUUCCACGCCAUGCCAUUGUCACCGGGGGUAAAAGUUCGAGCGGGGGACGAAUCAAACGAAGGCCCGGAGCUGCCACUUUUUGCCUCACGAAUGCGCCGAUCCACGUUCGCGCGUAUGGAUACUUGUACACUUCCAGCACCAAACCCGGAUCCGCUUUCGCCGCGUACUUCAAUUCCCACUAACCAGCACCUGGUGCAGCCUCAGACAGGAACGUUCAUCACUGAGGCUGCUUGGGGCUUGGCAUCUAAGAGCUCGAUAGACGUUGCACAUGGUCGUCUCGUGCCGGACUGCUGGGGUGGGGAGAAGUCCGAAGACUUGUCUUCCGCUGAGCCAACAGCUUCAUGCUCGUGUAGCUCGUCGACUUCAUUGGUACGGAACGGGGGCGAUUCUAACUUGGGUACACGGAUGGCUUUGCUCACUCGUCGACGUACUGCAGACACUCUUCCGCAGGCAGAGCAAGGUUCAGCGUCCAUGUCGGUCAUGCAAAGCCGAGCCCACUCGAACAGAAGCGAUGAAUUUCACAAGCGUGAUCAAACAGCGCGCGUUCCACUUGAAGCCCCCAUGCUUGCCAACGUCAUCGUCUCCAUCCAAGCGAGCACCAGGCGCUUCUCCGCGGCGAAUAACGAGCGCUCCUGCUUCUUCACCUCUCGCUAG